UAAAGGCGAUUAGAAAAAAAGACAACAAUAUGGCGGCCGUUGUGCGGAAACGCGCAUGCAGGAAUGCAAAGGGCAAUUUCGCUUAGGUUUGCCGAGAGGGAAGGAGAAUUUCCUCUUUUCCGUUGGAGCAGGCCUAAUGAUGUUUCAGUAGAAAGAUGAGAAGUCCUUUUAAAGCGUCGGUAGCUUUGCAAUUUGUCACUUUAAUGGCAGGGAUAAUUUCUAUGGAAGGGAAUGGGAAAUUGAACGAUGAAAAACCCAGUGGUUUGUCUGCUCGGAGUAGCUCUUGUUCACUUGUAAUAGUGAGUACGUUGGAUGGGAAAUUAAGCGCAUUGGAUACACGAGAUAAUGGCAAGUUACUGUGGAGUUUACCAGCUUUCCACGGACCUCUGUUGUCAUCCAGCCUCAGUUCGGUUCAGAUGGCAAAACACGUGCGUCUAAUACCCUCAUUAGAUGGUGGAUUGUAUCAAGUCAAUGGAGACAAAGUUGAGCCCAUUCCUUUCACUGCAGACACACUCCUUGGUUCCUUCCUAAAGCUUCCUGAUGGUUCAAUUUUAGUUGGUGGCAAGGAAGCCACGUCAUGUGGACUUAAUCCCUAUUCUGGGAAGGUACAGUAUGUCUGUUCAGCGGAUGGCUGUCAGUUAAAGGAUUCCGAUGAGCAGCAUGUCCAAGGCAGCGAUGUUCUUGUACUCAAAAGAACACAACAGACAAUCCGUGCUGUUGAUCAGAGAAGUGGCAUUGAAAGAUGGAAUUUUUCUGUUGGACAACAUGAUGUUAGCUUCUUGGAAGCUAUUUUCAAUGAAGACAAUGAUGCCCACUCUUCUGUUGAGGACGCUGAAGUGUUUACAGAAUGGAAUCUGCGUGUGUCCAUUCCCAGUGGGCUUGUAGCAGCAGUAAACACUCUUGAUGCAACAGAGACUGAAGUUGUGUUAUGGAGCCACCAGUUUGAUUCCCCCAUAGCAGCAGUGUGGAGGUUGAAUGGGGGUUUUGUACAACCAGUAAAAUUACUCACAAAAGAAGUUACACCAGAAUUGGCUCCCUCAUCUGACAAAGUUUCAUUUCCGCCGGGACCUGUCAUGUAUAUGGGCAAAUAUGAUGGUCAAGUUUACAUUCAGACAUCAGAGCCAUUUAACCCAGCUCAGGAAAACAUAGCAUCUAGACUUGAUGCAGAUGUAAGUGGUAAAACUGUGGCACAAAGACACAGGCAGGUGACAUGGAGGCCUUAUUUGACAAGUUCACCAUCACGCACACCAACUGUGGUCUCAAAGGAGUUAGCUGUGUGGAAUCCUUUAGAAUAUCCAUUUGAUAAUGGCUAUUACUUUUAUGGUGAAGUGAUGCCAGUGGUUCCCCCACAUGCCAAGGCCAAACAGCUUCCUCCAGCGGAUUCUGAUGAUGUUUUUGCCAGAAAUAACAAGAGCUCUGCUGAAACAGCUUUGAAUCGUAAUGAUAUUUCAGGAUGGUGGCAUGGUGCUGUGUUUGUAACAGUUACUUUUGCUGUCAUGGCUCAGUUUGUUCUGCGUUUCUUCCGUGAAUCCAGUAAGAGAAAUUGUGAAGCAGUAACAAAAUACCAGAGGUUGUCUUCUGCUUCGUUACCAUCAUCCACACAUACAUCUACUGCAUCAUUGGAGACUAUCAAGGAACCAUUAACUCCAUCCUCAUCAGAUUGUCUGUCACAGUCCAACUCUUUUGUCUCAAGAUAUUUAUAUGAUUUCGAUCAUGAACUGUGCCUUGGCAAGGGUGGCUUUGGCCUUGUGUUUCAAGCGAGGAAGAAAGUGGAUGACUGUAGAUACGCUGUCAAGAGGAUAAGUUUGCCAAACUGUAAUGAGGCCAUGGAAAAAGUCAUGCGGGAAGUGAAAGCCUUGGCAAAACUUGAACAUCCUGGCAUAGUACGAUAUUACAACUCAUGGUUUGAGGAACCACCAGUUGGCUGGCAGGAUGAAGUUGAUGCACAAAUGUUUGAACAAGGGGAAUUAUGCGAACUGCCAUCAGAAGCACCAUCACUUGGCUCAGGGAUUGUAAUGCAUGCAUUACCAAAUGAUGCAUCGUACUCGCAAAAUGGCCUUGGUGAAGAAAAGAAGGCCAGAAGAAGGAGGAAAACAACUUCCAGCAGCCGAUCCAGGCAUUCAUCUUAUCACUCAAAUCCAGACGAGGAUGAUGGAAAAAUUAAUGGCGAGAUAAUUGAUGUCUAUCAGUUAGAGAAUGAAGCAUUCCUAGAUGAAAAUGAAAUUAGUGAUUCUUUCAGUAUAGAAUUUGUUUCAUCAAGUAACAAAGAACUGACAAAACCCAGAAAUGGAUUUCAUCUCAAUGCUUUGGAGGAAAGUACAUCAGACAGCAUCGUCUUCAGACAUUCAGACUCUAGCUUAAGUCAAAAGGAUGUAAACACAAGCAACGUUGGAUCACUACCAUCAUCUGACAACACACAGGAUUCCGUAUCCAAGGAAACUAGCUCCUCAGAGGAACUCUGUUUAACCUCUUCACAUCACUCUUUACUUUCAAGAGAAAAACAUAAGUGUCAGGAUAAGCAGUGCAAUACUGAUAAGCUGUCAGCACCAUUGUACCUGUUUAUCCAGAUGCAGCUUUGUCAGAAAGAAAGCCUGAAAGACUGGCUCAAAGCUAAUCAUGAAAGGAACCAUAAAUACUGCCUGAAUGUCUUUGAAGAGAUCCUAGGUGCUGUUGAGUACUUUCAUGGAAGAGGACUUAUGCAUAGAGAUUUAAAGCCAUCCAAUAUUUUCUUUUCACUGGAUGGUUCAGUGAAAGUUGGUGAUUUUGGAUUAGUGACAGCCCACACAUCAGAAAACAACCUGGACACACCCAUUAAAGAUUCUCUAAUGGAUGACACAAAUCAUACAAGCCAAGUUGGAACACAGUUGUACAUGAGCCCAGAACAGAUGGAGGGAAAGCCAUAUUCCCACAAGGUAGACAUCUUUUCCCUUGGACUCAUAUUUUUUGAGCUGUUUUGUCCAUUUAGUACUCAAAUGGAAAGGAUUAAGGUUAUGUGUGGUGUCAAACAGAGGGUCAUCCCAAAUUACUUUCAAGAAAAAAUGCCUCUACAGUCGGAAUUGGUGCAGUGGUUAUUGUCUGCCAUACCAAAAGCAAGACCAAAUGCCACAGAAGUUAAGAAGAGUCAUAUUCUCAGCGAGAUAAAACACAAGGUUUCAGAAAACCCCAAUAGAUAACAAGACAAAGAAGGUUAAUCUUCACUAGUAAUGUCAAAGUUUGUGCCAAACCUCUGGAUUUGAAAGGGGAAUAAAUCCUAUGGGAAAAUAACCUUCAUUGGUAAAGAAGCUAAUGUUACAGGUUCAUACUGUAGAAAUUUAAAAAUUGUGGACAUUUUGUAGGCAUCAGUUGCAUUAGUAGAAUUCCAUUUCAGGCAUAGUUCAUUGUGAAAUGAUGAAUUUUUUAAGGGAUAUUUUUGUAUUAUGAAAAAUGUAUAUAGAGUUUAGACAAAAAUGUACAUAUGGCAAGUUAUUUAUUAGCAAUCAGACAAACAUGCUAAAAUUCUUGGAUUUUGAUUUCACUUGUUUAUUGUAUAAACAGCAACAUUGUAAAAAAGCAGUUGCAAGAUGAAUAGUUAAUCAGAAUUAAACAGUAUGAACAACUCA